UCGGCGACAGGAGCAGCCUGAGCCGUCAGGGCCACUGUUGUUAUUUUCAUAAUUCACCGAGAUUUUAUUAAUAGAAAAAGCUGUCUGCAAAUGACCUGUUUUCCGUCUCUUUGCGGUGAAAUCCAAAACACUUCAGGCGACCCCUCUCUUGGCGAAGGAGCAAAUCGUAGAUGUUUUCACAUCAUCUUUAAUUGAAUGGAAUGCGAAUACUCCACUGUGGUAGCCCAGUGCCUGCCUUGAAUAUAGAUAAUGGGCUGUGUGCAAUGCAAGGACAAAGAGGCAACCAAACUCACAGACGACAGAGAAACUAGUGUCUCACAGCAUGCAGGAUAUCGAUAUGGGGCUGAUCCGACACCUCAGCACUACCCCAGCUUUGGAGUCACCACUAUACCCAACUACAAUAACUUCCAUGCGCCUGUCAGUCAAGGAGUGACUGUGUUUGGGGGAGUGAACUCUUCUUCACAAUCUGGAACGCUACGAUCCCGGGGUGGAACAGGAGUAACACUCUUUGUAGCACUUUAUGAUUAUGAGGCAAGGUCAGAGGAUGACCUCAGCUUCAGGAAAGGGGAAAAGUUCCAGAUUCUAAAUAGCACGUUUGGGGUCAGAGCCUAUUCAUUGUCCAUACAGGACUGGGAUGAAACUAAAGGUGACCACGUGAAGCACUACAAGAUCCGCAAAUUGGACAAUGGAGGAUAUUACAUCACCACUAGAGCUCAAUUUGAAACACUGCAGCAGCUUGUGCACCAUUAUUCUGCCCGGGCUGCAGGACUUUGUUGCCGUUUAAUAGUCCCGUGCCAUAAAGGCAUGCCCCGCCUUGCUGACCUGUCUGUCAAAACCAAAGAUGUAUGGGAGAUCCCACGGGAAUCACUUCAGCUCCUCAAACGAUUGGGGAAUGGACAGUUCGGAGAGGUCUGGAUGGGCACUUGGAAUGGCAAUACUAAAGUGGCAGUGAAGACCUUGAAACCAGGCACAAUGUCCCCAGAGUCGUUCCUGGAGGAGGCUCAGAUAAUGAAGAAACUGAGGCAUGACAAGCUAGUGCAGCUUUAUGCGGUCGUCUCUGAAGAACCCAUCUAUAUUGUGACAGAAUAUAUGAGCAAAGGAAGCCUGCUGGAUUUCUUGAAGGAUGGUGAAGGACGUGGCCUUAAAUUGCCAAAUUUAGUGGACAUGGCCGCUCAGGUCGCUGCAGGCAUGGCUUACAUUGAAAGGAUGAACUACAUCCACAGAGAUCUGCGGUCUGCCAAUAUACUUGUUGGUGACAGCUUAGUGUGCAAGAUUGCAGAUUUUGGACUGGCCAGACUAAUAGAGGACAAUGAAUACACAGCACGGCAAGGUGCCAAGUUCCCAAUCAAGUGGACGGCUCCAGAGGCAGCACUCUACGGAAGGUUUACCAUCAAGUCAGACGUGUGGUCAUUUGGAAUACUACUCACAGAGCUGGUCACCAAAGGACGCGUACCCUAUCCAGGCAUGAACAACCGAGAAGUCUUGGAGCAAGUAGAGCGUGGUUACAGGAUGCCCUGUCCCCAGGACUGUCCCAGCUCCCUGCACGAGCUCAUGCUCCAAUGCUGGAAGAGGGAUCCCGAGGAGCGGCCCACCUUUGAGUAUCUGCAAGCCUUCCUGGAGGAUUACUUCACUGCCACUGAACCACAGUACCAACCCGGGGACAACCUCUAAACACGGAGCUCCAGACUACAGAGUAUGCCACAAAAGACUGCCCUUCAAAAAACUGAUCGAAAGAGCAUUUGAUGAGAAAAGCUUCCAAGUUUUGUGCCAUCUCGACCCUGUAUCUGACACAAUUCAUCUUCCAUUGAAAAAAGGACAUGCAGUCGCAUUAUGUUUGUCAGUAAAGCCAAAAAUAGAGUUCUGGGGAGAGACAUCAGUCACACUUAAUGAUAAGAAUGGUUUGUUUGUAUGUAGUGUAAAUAGUGUGUUUAGUUUUCCCUUGUAUUUGGCUUGUUUUAUUACUUUUUAUAAUGCUGUUUUGCGUUCUUAUCCAGGCCGUGAAAGUCGACGCUGUGAGGAAAGCAUGAUCAACAGAGGCGGUAUUAACCGUUUUAAGAUUUACAAUGAUUCUGGAAAUCAUUCCUAGACACUUCCAGUAGGAUGCUGACCAGCCUCUUUUAAAUAUUAAAGGAAUUCUGUCAGUUGUAUAUUAAAUUAACUAUACGUGUCAAAACACUCCCUUUUAGCCGAGACAUAUAGCAGUACAUAGGUAGCAUUUCUGACACACUCUUGUGACUUUCACAGAAGGUAAUGAUGUCUGCCCUGGUUUUAGUGAUUUUGCUGGGCCUAAUUAUUUUGCACCUGUUUUAGCAAGCGCUCAAUGUCUAUCUUUUGUUUACUGCUUCUUAGAAUGAGUGCAUUUUCUAUUUAGUCACUUUGGUUUAACAAUAGAGCAGUGUAUGUAUCAGAAUAGUAAGAGACCAAGUGGGCAUUAUGCUUGACCAUACUUGCAUCUUUCCUGCAAAUAAGAUAAAAUGACUGCUAACAUCCUUACUGUUGUGAGAGAGAAAAAACGAGUCCAUUAAAUAUAUCUCACAAUAUCAUGCAUUAUAAAAUAACAUGACUAAAUGCGUAGAGAAAUAUUAUGAAAUGGUAGAAUUUCACUCAAGAUAACUCAUUGCUGGUCUGCCUUGUUUUUUGCCCCUCAUUUUGUCCUUCAUGAUAAAAUGACAUGUCUGAAUAUUCAUUAUUGGGUCAUUCUUUACGUUUUUGUCGCAUUUAAGAAGUGACAAGACCUCUCUGUGAACAUUCUUACUGUAGGUCAAAGAUAUUCUCACAUAUUCCGUGUGCGACAAUCAGAGAUGGGCAUAAAUACUUGAAAAUGUAUUUAAAAUACAAAUACAAAAUACUGUGUG